AUGACGAAACCCAGAUAUUCGCUCAUGCGCACGACGGAAAAGGAGCUGCGCUCACCUUCCGAGUCUCCCGGAAUAGUGCGCGGCCUCGGAGCCUCGCGAGCCGCAUUCGAGACGUUUGCAGAGCGCGCCGCGAUGCGCACGGCGCUCGGCGAUGCGGUCCGCCAGGCAUGGCCGAACUGCGUGUAUGCGGCGGCUGCACCGGACGCGGUCGUUGACCUUGACGGCGAUGCGGAGGGGCAGAUCGACUGGCGCGUACAAUAUGCGCCUGCGCUCUAUCAGCAAUAUUUGGACGCGCUCUCACCGGCCGACUCCCUACUCAUGAACGAUGCCGCGCAGCGGAGUUUCAAGUACGUCGACCAUCGAGACCUCAUCAUAGUCUACCGCCUGCCGGGAAGGGGGACGUCGGCUGUCGUGCGCCGAGCUUCGACGGCCAAGUCUGAGUCGCUGUACGUCUUGAAAGGCAUCGAUUUCGGCGACUUUCUGACGUCCCGGGAUGAAUUUACCCACGAUCGGGACGUCUUCUAUCGCGCAAUCCAGACCCUGUCCUCGAUACCACCGCAUCCUAACAUCUUAUCCCCCCCACGGAUCAUCGCCGUGGCCAGACAUCCAGGAGACGAAGGCCGAGCCCUCGUGUGCGGCACUCUCUAUCCUUUCAUGGCGCGUGGCACUCUGGACGAUCAGGUCACGAGAUGCGAGAAGGACGGAGGGCGCCUUAGAUUGCGAGACAAGGCGCGCUGGUACCUUCAGAUGUCUUCGGCCGUCGCGCACACGCACCACACGGCGCACACAUACCACAUGGACAUCAAGCCGGCAAACGUCCUCGUGGACGACCAGGGAAAUACGAUCCUGAUCGACUGGGAGCAGAGCGGGGCUCCCCUCUAUACACUCGCACCAGAAGCAAAUGGCGAAUGGGAUGUGGACGAGGUGGGCGAACUAGGUGCUCCCUCGAAGCUGGUGUACAAGCAAUACCAGGGACCGACGCGGGUGAACCUCCCCAGAGGUCGGCCAGCAUGGAACGUUUUCCCGGAGUGGAGCAGGCGCUGGCCGAGGGCUUGUGAGGCGGCAGUGGUAUUCAGUCUGGGCCGGACCAUGUGGAUGCUGCUGCAGGAAGUGCAGCAGGAGGGUGUCGAAGAUCUCGACCCCAAAAGGAUCAUUGUUAACUGGAGCGAUAAUGCUGGUGACAUACCAGAUCACUGGAAAGCUGUCGUGAUGCGCUGCCUAGAGCACGAUCCCAACAAGAGGAUCGGGCUGACUGAUCUCGUGCGGUUCUGGGAGGGUCAGCAGCAGGUCUCCUUAACUCAACUGUUGUCUAGCACUGAGGGACUGGUCAGCCCACACGAUAUUACUAUCACGUUCCGAUCUGUCUGUCAGUCUCUACGCCCGAUUUACCCUCCCCCUGUCACGGAGCUGAACCAGUAA